AUAAGAAGCUGUGCUUCUACAAGAACAUUGCUGACUCUGUACUUCUGGCGUCUCUACUCUAUAACACAAGAGCAGCUUCACAACAUGUUUGUUCUUGUUCUGUUCACCUGCAUUGUGCUGAGAGCAUUCAAUGCUCAGGCAAAAGUGGUCGAGAGCUUUGAUGACUGUAAAGGGUUCUUCUACAAAGACACAGAACCAGAAGGAAUGGAUCAGAAUGCCAAAAAAAUUUGUCAGAAGCUUGAAUAUGAUCAAUACUAUUAUGCUACUCUGUACUCAGUUCCUCGCAGGAUCCCUCUCUACAGUGCCUUCACAUUUGACCCUGAAUGCUCCGGUACUGCUGGAAGGACAGAAAACUGGCACAUCGAGCCACAGAUUUCCCAACCUGAAUCCCGAACUGAUCAUAUGGUCCGUGAGAGGGACUCUGAUGAAAACAUUAUUAAAAAAUAUCAAGCCAUCAGCAGUGACUACAUCAACUCUCGAUAUAAUCAUGGACUCCUGAACCCCAACAGCUUCCAAUGCAACAAAGGACGUAUUGCAACGCUCACACUGACCAACGCUGCACCUAUAGAUGAGUCUUUCGACCGUAUCCAGUGGAAGAACUCGGAGAGUGCACUGAGGAGUUUCUUAAGAAGCAAGCUUGACAGUCAUGGCGGUUCUGCAACAGUCUACAUUGUCACAGGUACAGUACCUGAUGACGAUGUACAAAUACCACGCAAGGGAACCUCUGAAGACCCAGAAAGAGUGACUGUGCCAUCUUACAUCUGGACAGCCAUCUGUUAUAAACACCACCACAAUGACACAAAGUCAUUUUCCUUCGGCUACAUUGGGAAAAACCAGCCAGGAGGUGGCAUAAGCCUGAUGAGAGUCUCAGACCUGAAUGAAAAGCUCAGCAGUCUCUAUAGGAAACUGUUAAAAACUCAUCAGUCAAUUAAGAUUUUUGUUGGUGAUUGUUUUGAUGACAGUGAAAAAUUAAAUGAGGUUCAGGGUGUGUUUGAAAAAUUAAUAAAACCAAACCAAGUAGAUGAGAUGGCCACAGAUGUACAGAACAUGUCUCGCACGCAGAAAAGAGUCGUCAGAAGUCCGUAUUACUCAAAAAUCACAGUUGGAGGGUCUAGGUGCACUGAUGGUGACUUCUGUUCCCAAGGUGGUGAGGACUACUACUGGUGCUAUACCGAUGAUGGUAUCUUUUUCUACACCUGGGACUACUGCAGCCCUCCAGGGGUGGUGGGAAGUAGAGCUAAAAAUGGGGAGUACUGCCGUAGCAACUAUGCCUGUUCCACAUAUGGUUCAGAUUAUAAGUGGUGCUACACACAAAGCGACAAUAAUGACAUGUGCUGUACUUCUGAUAACUGCUUCUCAGCUGUGAAUGACAAGACCUGCUGGUCUAAUCACCCAUGUGGAUACCAUGGCCAAGAUUACCUGUGGUGCUAUACUGAUGAUAAAGGCAACUGGGAAUACUGUUGCAAAAACUGUUACUAAAUGAAUUUGAUUUCAUUAAUUUCAUUUCUUUUUCAAAGUAAACACAAUUACCAUAGUCCCAUGUGCUGUUCAAAAUAAGUAACCAUUAACAGAAUUAAAACACAGACAAGGCAAAGCAAAUGCAAUUAAUGAAUAAUAACUAACCUAGAAAAAAAAAAAAAAA